CCAAUGCCCACCCUAUCUUUCAUCUCAUAUUCUCUUCUGUUCUCUUCUUUCCAUAAAAGCUUACACGGAUAAUAGCACUUGGGUUUCCCUUGUCUAUCCACUUGCUUUGUCGGUUUAGAUUUCCUCUUUCCUAAGAAAACUCGAAACCUCCUCUGAGCUUCUCCUCCUUCGCUCGCCGCCUUAUACACACCCACGCCCAUCUUUCUAUAUAAAUCUAACUUCCUGGAUUUGCCAACCCAAUUGUAAAAGAAAAGGCUUCAGGACUCCACACAGAGGAAACAAAAAUGAGUUAUUACAACCAGCAGCAGCAGCCUGCGGUGGGUGUUCCUCCACCACAAGGGUAUCCAAAAGAUGCAUAUCCACCACCUGGGUAUCCUGUUGAAGGUUAUCCCCAGGGGUAUCCUCCGCAGGGGUACCCUCCGGCGUAUGCCCAGCCUCCGAGAAAAGAGAAUGGUUUCGUUGAAGGAUGCUUAGCAGCACUCUGCUGCUGUUGCCUUCUGGAUGCUUGCUUUUGAGGCGUCAGCGAUUCUUCCAUUUGUGGCUCUAUUUGUUCACAAUUCUUUUCUUGUUUUAGGCAUUGUCUGUCUGUAAUAAUAGUUUCUUUCUAUUUCAAUUGGAAAUUUUUAUUUUUAUUUUUA